UUUCGAAACUUCAGCUGAUCUUGCUUGCUAUGCCAGCGUUCUCGCUCUGGCGCGUCUUGAUCGUGCUCGUGGCCACCAUCGGCUACGCGCUCCUUUGGUACGUCUCCCCUGCCGCAGUCGCGGACGAACUGCAUGUGUGGGUGGCCGUGGCGGCCGCGGCGUCGCUCGCGUUCCUCUUCGUGGUGCCCAACUCGGUCAAGGACUCCAUCACCACGACCUUGUCCCACAACGACCGCGAAGGCACGCCGUCUCCUGCGGCCACCGCGUAUGCGUACCGCAUCUACUCGCUGACGUUGAUCUUUGUGAGUGUGUUGAUUCUGCUGGUGUUCCGAGAAAGCACCGCUCCCCACACCGUGUCCGUGUACGCGGUGGCCCCGACCGUGUUCAUUUGGUUCCUCUGGACCGUCGUUGAGGACUUGAUCGUACGCUUGAAAGGCGUGGAAGCCGUCGCCGACAACGUUGAGACCCGCGAGGACACGCCCCUUGUUGCAAUUGUCACAGCUCCUUAACACCGAUCGAAUCUACAAUUCGGUUCUACCUGUCGUGGACGUUGCUUUCUAUUGUGUGGUUGAUCCAAAACGCAGUGUUAGUCGCUCUCCACGAUAGAUACCCUUCACGAGCGAUGUGACUCGUAUCGAAACAGGAACCGCAUGUCGAAGGAACCUUUUGAGACCACCACAUGAUGCCUGUGAUACGAGUAGUAGUACUAUGGUGCAUUUCAACUAAAGACUACAAAAAAAUGCCUUGUCUUUCGACAGCUAUUCCAACUUUGAUAUUUUUUAGGAAAAUAAGCCGUAAUAACGAUAGAACUAACUGGUCAAGACCAACAGAAGUUACGGUUCAAAAUUUCGAUUGGUUAAAAAUUGAUCGAGUAAUAGAAUUUAAACCAACCAGCCUUUUUGUAUGGAAA